CUAACGUUUAUACUUGAAUCUAACAAAUAACAUAAACAUCUAAAUAUUUAUACUUGAAUCCAAUAAAUAACAGCAACAUCUAACUAUUAAAUUAAAAAAAAAAUUGUUUGAUAAUUAAAUUUGCUAAAACAACGUCGUUUUCAUUAGAGGUGGAAAAUCGAUCUUCACCAAAACAUUUCAGCCGAUUUUGUAAUAGAUACCGAUUAUACCGGUCGCAAUAUCACCGGUUGACUUGACAACCAUGCAUUUGAGCAAUUAAUUAUUACAUGUAUGUAUCUAUAAUUUAAAUGGAAAAAAAAAUAUGAAAAAAGAUUUUGAACAGUAAAAAGUAUAUAUAGAUGAGCCAGCGAGAAGACGACGGAAGGACCUUAUCUCUUAUUAUUGUGGUGGAUUUGGCUUUCACUUGCAGGUGGUCCGCCAUUGCCAGACAUCUUCCCAGGCGAACUGACAACGAGAUCAAGAAUUAUUGGAACACGCAUCUCAAGAAGCGGCUCUUGGAAAAGGGCAUCCAUCCAACCACCCACAAGCCCAUCAGCCCCACCGCGGGGUCCUCCUCCUCCUCUGACGACGCCGUUCCGUCCCUCUCCGGCAACAACACUCCAACCGCCCCACCCACACCUGCUGCUGCUGCUGCUGGACAAGAACAACCGCAACUUGUUCCUGCUCAAGCCCACGUGUCCUCCUCCUUUCCCGCUUCGGCUUCGGCUUCGGCUCAGCUCCUCAACAAGCUAGCGGCCAAACUCGCUCCUCCUCCUCCUCACGCAUCAAGCCGCUUCAGCGCCGAACAGGACGAAGAAAUAGAAGAGGGAGCAAACGGCGUCGUGGAAGACGACGCUCCCACUAAGACGCGACGUCGCCCCGCGUCAUCCAGCUCAUCGGCGAAGCUGCUCAACAAGAUGGCCAGCCGGCUCGCCCACCCUUUGCACUGCCUCAACGCCCUCAAGUCCAUCCUCUCGGCCUCCGCCGCCGCCAGCGACCGUACCAAUCUCAUGAUGCACCGAAGUGCCUCCGCGUCCAGCCUGUCGGAGAGCACCGCGGCCACCACGUCCAUCUCAACGUCCAACAACGACCUCCCGGCGCAAACGGCGUCGUCUAACCCUGACCAGCUGGCCUUCAUCGAGUCCUUGGAUCAGUACGACCCUCUAAUAAUGGACUUCCUGGCCGACAGCAUUACCAGCAAAGAGAAACAAGACCAGCCUUAUCAUUAUUACGAGGAAGAUUCUUCGUUGAUCCCAUCCCUUUAUGGCUCCCACGCUCUGCAUUCCCCUGCCUAUUUCCACGACGCGUUCCGAGCACCGGCGGAGGAUGAGCACAACUUCAUGGAUUUCGAUGGUCCCUCGACGUCGGCCAGUAGGAACAACGAUCCGGCGGAUGAUCCUCAUUGCGGCGGUUACGUAGUCGACAACCACGUGGCUGAUGAUGAUGCGUACGGCCAUCAUCAGUUUGAAUAUCAGCAUGGAGCUGGAGGAUUAUUGGACGGUGAUGAUGAGCAUGGCAGGACUCUCUUCAAUAAUUACGGUGAUUUCCGUAUCGACGCGGCUUCCUUUUUUUGAGUUUUCUUUUCUGCUUUGUGGAUUUGCCUUUAUGGGCGGACAAUAAUAAUUAUAAUUAAAUUAAAGGUUGUAAUACCCCGAGAGUUAUGCGCUGACCAGACCGGCCGCUACCUAGCCUAGCCUAGCUGGCUAUCUAUCUCACUAGCUACCUACCACUUUCCGCGGAUUGAUCCGGCAGAUGUACUAAAUUGCUUAUUUGGUU